UGGUACCUGCAUUGGAGCCGACUAAUCCAGAUUCGCGCGUAGUAGAUCCCACUUGGGGAAAGCCUUCUAGCCAGGGCUCAAACCGAGACCUCUGGUUAAGGAAGGAACAACGUCAUCCGCUACACAACAUCCUUUGAUGGCUCUUCUUUCUUGCCUUAUCUUCUGCCAUCGCUUAAUGAUUGAAACUUUAACUUGUGGGGGACUCAUUUAUAACUAUUCUUAUGCUAUAUUACUCAGUCUUGUUAACAUAUCUAGAAGGAUUUUUUUUCCUAAUAAAUAGUGGGGGUUUCGGUUUCUGCUUUGAUAUGUGUUGCCUGAACUAAGGGUCUUUCGGAAAUAGCCUAUCUACCUCCAUGAGGUAGGGAUAAGGUCUCAAGAUUCUUUGUGAAUUGAAGUGUCAGCGGUGCUUACAUGGCUUGGAAAGAUAAGAUUCGGACUGUGUUUCAGGGUAAUAGAAAUGAGAUUGAGCUCGGAUGCGGACAUACUAUUAAGUCUCAUGGGUCGUCCGUUGCAAGAAUUCACAUGCAUGACUGGCUUAUAUUGCUGCUGCUUGUAGUAAUAGAGAUAGUCCUUUAUGUCAUCGGUCCAUUUUACCGGUAUGUUGGAAAGGAUAUGAUGACUGAUCUGAGAUAUCCUAUGAAGGAUAAUACGGUCCCAGUGUGGUCUGUUCCUCUAUAUGCAGUUGUAUUGCCUAUUAUCAUCUUUGUUUUCAUCUAUCUUCGGAGGAGGGACGUCUAUGAUCUGCAUCACAGCAUUCUAGGCCUCUUAUUUGCCGUACUAAUUACGGCUGUAAUCACGGAUGCAAUCAAGAAUGCAGUAGGUCGUCCCCGGCCAGACUUUUUCUGGCGUUGCUUUCCUGAUGGUAAAGAUGAGUAUGAUCGGUGGGGAAACGUGAAAUGCCAUGGUAAAGAAAGUGAUAUUAAGGAAGGACAUAAGAGCUUCCCAAGUGGACAUACCUCAUGGUCAUUUGCUGGUCUCGGGUUUCUAUCGUUGUAUUUAGCAGGGAAGAUAAAAGCAUUUGAUCGCCGAGGGCAUGUGGCAAAACUAUGCAUAGUUCUUCUUCCUCUCCUAAUGGCAUCUCUUGUCGGUGUCUCACGUGUGGAUGACUACUGGCAUCACUGGCAAGAUGUGUUCACUGGCGGAAUGAUAGGCCUUUUCGUUGCAACAUUCUGUUACCUGCAGUUCUUCCCAGCUCCAUACCAUACUGAAGGAUGGGGACCAUAUGCAUAUUUCCGGGCAGUGGAGGAGGUUCGCAGUAGCAGACAAAUCGUCCACCCUACUAACGGAGGAUUAGAAUUAGAUCAACCCGAGGUACAACGGAAUCAGCAGUCUAGUACAGCUACCAAUCCUUUUGAGGAUGUCGAGUUUGGCAGAAUGUGAGACAUCAUAAGACACUGUAAACUUAUGUUUUAUCUUUGUUCAAAGUGUUAAAACUAGCUCAGUUUGUUAUUUUCUUGUGAAUAUUUUUAAGGUUGUUUUUGUUAUAUGUCAAGUAUUUUAGCUUAGGGACCUAUUUGAUUACUGAAAUUGUUUAAUCAGUUUAGUUUUUGUGUGUAAAUUGUUGCAUAAUUAGUUCAAUUGGCUGAUGA